CCGCAUUGGCAGCGUCGCAUUUCGUCAGCGGUGGGGCUCAUAAACGCGCGACGAGGUUAAGGGCAGCCCAGACAUAGACCCAGACCCAGCCCCCACUCUAAGCGAAACCCCAACAUUUCAAAAUCAAACGUUAACCGUUAAGCGACUGGGCACGUAGCGUAGCGUAGCUGGCGGUCUGACUGAUCUAACCGAGGAGCAGUUAAUUGUAAACACUAACAGUGAAUCUAAAGAUGAUAUACAACUGUUUAUGAACCCAAUCCAUCCAACAACAAAUAAACAAAGCUAUAUAAAUACAUGUAGAGAGAAAGCUGGAGAAAAAGAGUGUGAGAAAAUGAGCAGCAACAUAAAAGAAAAUUAAGCAACAGCAACAACGGCAGCAAUACGAAAAAAGAGAAGGAAAAUCGACAGCAGCAACAGCAAACGAGAGUAAUUGAGGCAAGAAAACCGGACAAUUGCAGCAAGCAUAUUGUGCAGGUAAUGGUCGAAUUACGGCAACAUGCUGUGCAGCAGCAACACGACAGGAACAGCAACAGCAACAGCCAAAGCCACAGCCACAGCAGCAGCAACAACAACAAUAAUAAUACGCAGCUUAACUGUAGAAAAAGGCAGCUGAUGCGUGGCAGCAGAAGAACAAAAGUCAAGCUGAAAUGUAGACCAGGCACAGCAGUAACAGCAACAGAAGUAGUAACAACAACCGCAACAACGGAGAGCAAAAAGAGUUUCAUUGCAACAAUAACAAGAACAGCAACAGCAACAACAAUUGCUGUCAAUGCUCAUAUCAAUGCAUCAAUUGAUAUAACCAACAACAACAACAACAACAACAACAACAGCAACUGCAACACUGCCAACAGCAAUAGCAAACACAAUAGCAAUAUAAGUAGCUGCACAGCAGCAGCACGCGCCAGCAACAGCAAGUCGUUCUGUAAAUCGACAAAGAUGUUGCUGGCAUUGCCACUGUUAAUCAUGAUCUGUGCUUGCCCCGGCAUCAAUGCCUUGCGGCUAACCAACGGCGGCAACAGCCUGAGCAAAGGUGUCGGCGCCAACAAGGAGCAGCUGAACAUCGGUCUGAUUGCGCCGCAUACGAAUUUCGGUAAGCGCGAAUAUUUGCGCAGCAUCAACAAUGCGGUAACCGGGCUAACGAAGACGCGUGGCGCCAAGCUCACUUUCCUCAAGGACUACUCCUUCGAGCAGAAGAACAUACAUUUCGAUAUGAUGUCCCUGACGCCGAGUCCAACUGCCAUUUUGAGCACAUUGUGCAAGGAAUUUCUGCGCGUCAAUGUCUCUGCCAUUCUGUAUAUGAUGAACAACGAACAGUUCGGUCACAGCACCGCCUCGGCACAGUACUUUCUGCAGCUGGCCGGAUAUCUGGGCAUACCAGUUAUCUCCUGGAAUGCGGACAAUUCGGGCCUGGAACGUCGCGCCUCGCAGUCGACGCUGCAGCUGCAGCUGGCGCCGAGCAUUGAGCACCAAAGUGCAGCCAUGUUGAGCAUAUUGGAGCGUUACAAAUGGCAUCAGUUCUCAGUAGUCACCUCGCAGAUCGCUGGUCACGAUGACUUCGUGCAGGCGGUGCGCGAACGUGUGGCCGAAAUGCAGGAGCACUUCAAGUUCACAAUACUCAACUCGAUUGUGGUGACACGGACAAGCGAUCUGAUGGAGCUGGUGAAUAGCGAGGCGCGUGUCAUGUUGCUCUAUGCCACACAGACGGAGGCAAUUACUAUACUACGUGCCGCCGAGGAGAUGAAGCUGACCGGCGAGAAUUACGUGUGGGUCGUUAGUCAGUCAGUGAUUGAGAAGAAAGAUGCGCACUCACAGUUUCCAGUUGGCAUGCUGGGCGUACACUUCGACACGAGCAGUGCAGCGUUGAUGAACGAGAUAUCAAAUGCGAUCAAGAUUUAUAGCUAUGGCGUCGAGGCGUACCUAACAGAUCCAGCGAAUCGUGACCGACGCCUGACCACGCAGUCGCUGUCCUGCGAGGACGAGGGUCGCGGACGCUGGGACAAUGGCGAAAUCUUUUUCAAGUAUUUGCGUAAUGUGUCCAUCGAGGGUGAUCUGAACAAGCCAAACAUUGAGUUCACUGCCGAUGGCGACCUCAAGUCGGCCGAGCUCAAGAUCAUGAAUCUGCGACCCAGCGCCAACAAUAAGAACCUCGUCUGGGAGGAGAUCGGAGUGUGGAAGUCGUGGGAGACACAGAAGCUUGAUAUACGCGAUAUUGCUUGGCCAGGUAACUCGCACGCUCCGCCGCAAGGUGUGCCCGAGAAAUUCCAUUUAAAGAUCACAUUCCUCGAGGAGGCACCCUAUAUCAAUCUGUCACCCGCCGAUCCAGUAAGCGGCAAAUGUUUGAUGGACCGCGGUGUGCUGUGCCGUGUGGCGGCCGAUCAUGAAAUGGCCGCCGAUAUUGAUGUGGGUCAAGCACACCGCAACGAGUCCUUCUAUCAAUGCUGCAGCGGCUUUUGCAUUGAUCUACUCGAAAAGUUUGCCGAAGAAUUGGGCUUCACCUACGAGCUGGUACGGGUUGAAGAUGGUAAAUGGGGUACACUUGAGAAUGGUAAAUGGAAUGGUUUAAUUGCCGACUUGGUUAAUCGCAAGACGGACAUGGUACUCACAUCUCUCAUGAUCAACACCGAGCGCGAAGCGGUUGUCGAUUUCAGUGAGCCCUUCAUGGAAACGGGCAUUGCCAUUGUUGUGGCCAAACGAACGGGCAUCAUAUCGCCUACGGCCUUUCUGGAGCCUUUCGAUACGGCCUCUUGGAUGCUGGUGGGUAUCGUCGCCAUUCAAGCAGCCACAUUUAUGAUUUUCCUGUUCGAGUGGCUAUCGCCCAGUGGCUAUGAUAUGAAGCUUUAUCUACAAAACACGAACGUCACGCCGUAUCGCUUCUCGCUGUUUCGCACGUAUUGGCUUGUCUGGGCGGUGCUCUUUCAAGCCGCUGUUCAUGUGGAUUCACCGCGCGGCUUCACCUCGCGCUUUAUGACCAAUGUCUGGGCUCUGUUUGCUGUUGUCUUCCUUGCCAUCUACACUGCCAACCUGGCGGCCUUCAUGAUAACCAGAGAGGAGUUCCAUGAGUUUAGUGGACUCAACGAUAGCCGCUUGGUGCAUCCGUAUUCGCACAAGCCCUCGUUCAAGUUCGGCACGAUACCCUACAGCCACACGGACUCCACCAUACACAAGUACUUUAAGGACAUGCACUACUACAUGAAGCAAUACAAUAAGACAAGCGUGGCCGAUGGCGUUGCCGCCGUACUGAAUGGCAAUCUGGACUCGUUUAUCUACGAUGGCACUGUGCUGGAUUAUUUGGUUGCCCAGGAUGAGGAUUGUCGCCUGAUGACUGUGGGUAGCUGGUACGCAAUGACAGGCUAUGGUUUGGCCUUUAGCCGCAAUUCCAAGUACGUGCAAAUGUUCAAUAAACGGCUGCUGGAAUUCCGAGCCAAUGGCGACUUGGAACGUUUGCGUCGCUACUGGAUGACAGGCACCUGUCGGCCGGGCAAACAGGAGCACAAAUCCUCCGAUCCGCUGGCACUCGAGCAGUUCUUGUCCGCCUUUUUGCUUCUGAUGGCUGGCAUACUGCUGGCCGCCUUGCUGCUACUGCUCGAGCACGUCUAUUUCAAGUACAUACGCAAACGUUUGGCCAAAAAGGAUGGCGGUCAUUGCUGUGCCCUCAUCUCGCUAUCCAUGGGCAAGUCGCUGACUUUUCGCGGUGCCGUUUAUGAGGCAACGGAAAUAUUGAAAAAGCAUCGCUGCAACGAUCCCAUCUGCGAUACGCAUCUGUGGAAGGUGAAGCACGAGUUGGAUAUGUCUCGCCUACGAGUCCGUCAGCUGGAGAAGGUCAUGGACAAGCACGGCAUCAAAGCGCCACAAUUAAGGCUCGCCUCAUCGUCGGAUCUGCUCAAUCAUCAUCAUCUGAAGGAACGUCCCCCUUUGCUAGGAAACCUCAGCUUGGCUGCCAGCGCACAAGAUCUAUACAGGUGGUCUUACAAAACGGAAAUAGCUGAAAUGGAGACGGUGCUCUGAAGCGUUUGCCCAGCAUCAAUAUUGUCAGCUCUGCCCACUUCGAUCCAAAUACUACAGUUAAUAAGUUCAGCUCAAUCCCCAUCAAUCCACAUCAAGCACAACCGAAACGGACAACAGCCGCAUGAAGAAGCACAAGUCAUUUAAAAUACAAAAGGAAUAAACCAAAGACAAAUCUAUGAGAUAAGCAGUUCAGCUCAAUCCCCAUCAAUCCACAUCAAUCAUAGCCAAAGGGCAACUCAUUUGUAAUGGCUAAGUAAUAGAAUAUCAAGUCUAGGCAACGCUUAAGUCUGGCCAAUGACUACUCAAGAAAAUUGGCUCAUCAAUCAUCGUCAAUCGCAGUCAAACGAAAUUCUUGUAAUUGAAAAAAAAAACUAAUUUUUUUUAUAUCUAACGUAAAAAAUAAACCAAAACGUAAAUUUAUGAUAUAAGCAGUUCAGCUCAAUCCACAUCAAUGAAAGCCAAAAAAGAAGAAGAAGCAGAAAUAGCAGCCAAAC